AUGUCAAUGGAUACAAUAUCUCUAUCAAAAUUAAUUAAGAAAUCAAUUAAUCAAAAAUUACCUCCUAAAUCAUUUAUAAGUUUAUUUAAUAAAUUAUCCAAAAAACAAUCAAUCAGUAAUGAGGAAUUCAUUAAUGAAUUAUUAGUGGGUGAUGAUGAUAAUGAUGAUGAUAAUGAUGAUUAUGAUGAGAAUUCUUUGAAAAAACAUAAACGGAUUGAAUAUAAACAAACUUUAAUAAUUGAAUUAUCAUUUAGUAAUGUUGAAAAUAAUCAUUUAUUUUGGACUAAUCUUAAUCAAAUUCCUAAUAAAUUACAAUCGAAAUAUUUAUUAAAAAUUACAAAAAUUUUAUCUCAUCAAUCACAACAUUAUGAUAAAGAAGUUUUGAAAAAUUUUAUUAAACAUGAAAUUAUUGAAUAUAUAAUGAAAUAUACUUCUAUUACAAUUAAUGAAGAAAUAUCACAAUAUAUAUUGGAAAAUAUUGUAUUAUUAUUAUCAGUAUUGAUUGAUAAAUUUGAAAAAUAUUUACAACAAGAUACAACUAAUUCAUUUCAAAAUUUCAUGGUUAAAUUAUUAUCAAUAUUACCAUCAUUAACUAAUGAUGAUGGUUAUUUAACUAGUUAUUUAUUAAAUAAAUCGAAAAAUCUAUUAACGAAAAAUCAAUAUGAUCAAGUUAUUAAUCUUAAUAAUAUGGUACGAACUGGUGAACGUCAAGCAUCAAUUGUUUCCUUAAAUAACAAUGAUAAUAACAAUGAUAUUAGUAAUAACAGUUCUAUGCAAGUGAAUGUUGCUUCAUUGAAAAUGGUUAAUCUGAUAGAUGAUUAUUAUAUCAAAAUGAGACGAUUAUGGAUACGUAAAAUUUUCCAUCAUUUUGAUUAUGAUAAUAUUUUAACGGUAUUUAUAGGGAAUUUCAUAACUCCAACAAAUCAAAGAAAUUCUUAUUUAAUAGCUAAUGAAUUUAUUAAAACCAUUUUUGGAUGUUUAGAUAUGAAAGGUUAUUGUUUAUUUAAUGUUAAGAAUUAUAUUUUAACAAGAAUACCAAUUUUAUUUAAUAAUUUUAGAUUUACUGAUGAAGAUAAUCUUGAAAAAGCUGUGAAUGAUGCAUUGAAAACUAUAGAAAUUGAUAAUGAAUUUAAACAAUUUUUCCUUAAAGGAUUUACUACUAGUAGUACUAGUAGUACUACCACUAUUAAUGAAGAAUCAGUUACAAUAAAUUUACGAGAGAAAUUCCGUAAUAAAUUACUUGAUAUUAAUAGUGAAUUUAUAUCAUUAGAAGAAUCAGGAUUAAUAGAAUUUAUUAAUUCAUUACCAUCAUCAAUAAUGAAUCGACUGGCUAAAUUACAACAAGAUUUCACAGAUUUAAUUUUAACAAUUAUUGAUGAAUUAAAAUAUAAUAAAGAUUAUGAAAAAUUGAAUCGAUUAAUUUUGGUGAUUAUGAAUAAUAUUGAAAUUAUUAAUAUUAUACUUUUCAAUAGUAAUUUAUCUUUAUUAUAUAAAUUGAUAGAUAUUAUUGAUUCAUCAAAUUUCAUUAGUGAUUAUAAUGAUUAUGAUGAUGAUAAUAAUAAUAAUAAUAAUAAUAAUAAUAAUAAUAAUAAUAAUAAUGAUGAUGAUGAUGAUGAUAUUGAAAAUUUUCAAGAUUAUUAUUCUUAUUGUGGGAAUUUAAUAAUUAGUGUGAUUAUGAUUAUGGAAAUUUUCCAAAUAAAUUUAUCAAAUUUAGAAUUAAAAUCAAAUGGAUCAUUUAUAAUUGAUUAUUUAAAUAAUUUUUAUUAUCGAUUAUGUGAUAAUUUAGUUAAUAAUGAACCAACUAAUUGUGAUAAUGAUGAUCGAAUCAUUAUAGAAAAUUAUAAUAAUUUAAUGAAUGAUUGGGUUAAUGCAUUAUUUGAUGAUAGAAAUGAAGGAUUAUCUGAUGAUUUAAUUAAAUCAUUAAAUAUUAAACAAAUUUAUAAAAUUAUCCCUAUUAUUUAUCAACAAGGAAUUAUUGAUACUAAUAAUAAAAAAAUUAAUUGGGAAAUAUUAAAUAAUGGAUUAGAAUAUUUAAGUCAACCAUUUCUUACUCCAAUAAUCCCCAUGAUUAUAAAAUCAUUAUUAAGAGAUUUUAAUAUUGAUAAUGAUCUUAAAUUUAAAAUUAUUAAAGAAUUAAUUAAAGAUAAUAACAAUAGUAGUAGUAGUACUACUACUACUACUACAACUACUACUACUACAAAUAUGAUUAUAAAAAUGGUAAUAAAUAUUUGUGGUAAUGAAAUACUUCAAUUUAAUCCACCAUCAGAUAUUAUGGAAAUAAUAAUGAAAAAUACAGUUUAUUUAGAUAAAUCUGAUCCUAUUCCUAGAGAUAUUAAUUUUAAAGAAUUUUUUAAACGUCAAAUACUUGGAGAAAUUAAAUUUCUGGGAAAUUUUUUAUUUUUUUAUCAAAAAUAUAUUUUAAAUAAUCGAUCACAAUUAAUUUUUAAUUUAAUUGAAGAAAUUUAUAAUUUUCAAAAAUUUAAUCAUGAAGAAUCAAAAUUGUAUAUUAAUUUAAUGAUUUUUAUAAUGUUAUUAGAUUCAAUUGAAAAUAAAUCUGAUAAAGAUUAUUGGAAAAAACAAUUUCAAAUGCCAUAUAAACCAAAUUUACAAACUAUACUGGAUACAAGAUUUGAAUUAAGUAUGGAUAAUCAUUAUUCUUCAAUUUUCAAUGAUGAUUCAAGAACAUCCUCUUCCUCAUCAUCAGAGGUUGAUAAUUUUUUAAAGAAUGGAGAUGGAGAUGGUGAUAGAGAUGGUGGUGAAGAUGAAUUAAUGAAAGAUGUUGAUGUUGUUGAUAAUAAUACCAAUGAGAGAAUAAAUACAAGUCAACAAUUACAAAAAUUAAAUAGAAAAAUCCAUCGAUAUGAAUGUUUCUUAAAUGAAUUUAGAAAAAUUCGAAGUAAUACUACUGAAACCAAUUUAUUUGUUAAAUCAAUAAGAUUAUUAAAUGAUAAAUUAUUUGAAGAAUUAACUAAUUGGAUUGUUUAA